GAUCUUGUCAAUGCCAAAGAGGAGCUGGAGCUAAUGGCAAGGAAGGAAAGGGAAAGCAGGCGGGAGCUCACUGCUCUCCAGUCUGUCGUGGCCACACAGGAGGAGGAGCUGCAGGUGCAGGCCUCGGAUAUCGAGUCCUUGACCAGAACCAUCCAGAUGAAAGAGGACCUCAUCAAGGAUCUGCAGAUGCAGCUGGUGGAUCCUGAAGAAAUUCCAGCCAUGGAAAGGCUGACACAAGAGGUGCUGAUGCUUCGGGAGAAAGUGGCCGUAGCAGAGUCCCAGGGAGAGGAGGCUACUGGAAACAGAAGGCAGCAGUUGUUACUGAUGCUGGAAGGGCUGGUGGCUGAGAGGAAUCGGUUAAAUGAGGCUCUCCAGGCAGAGAGGCAGCUCUAUGGCAGCCUGGUGAAGUUUCACACCCACCCAGACACCUCUGCGAGAGACCACGCCCUGCAGGUGGAGCUGGAAGGGGUCCACGAGCUGCGGGGACAGCUGGAAGAAGCUCUUGGAAGAAGCUUGGAGUGUUUGAGCAGGCUGGAGACGCAGGGCGCCAUAGGAGGUGGGGAACAGGGGCGUGUGAGAGUCCUACCCCAGCAUGCCUUCUGAGCACUGGCGCUCGCCCGCCCGCCACGGAAACGGUUCACUAACCCGUCUCACUGACUCUGAG